UAAACGCCCAAGUACCACCACCACCGAUAUCAAAUACAAUCAAGCGAAGAACACCUCCGAACCUAAGCUGUCCAGAGCCGUUGAGAUAUCACUGGACGUUGGAUCUCGAUACCCCUCGCAUAAAAUAGCUUUCUUUCUUACUUUGUUCUUCUUUUUACGAUCCGUCUCCUCUUCUCCACCUACAAACACAGAAGAAAAUAUCUUCUUCCACAUAUUCAAUUCCUUGGAACAUCUCCUCAGUAUACCUUCUCCUUCUCGAGCAGCAAUAGUGAUUCGGUGAACCACAACGUAAUCUUCCCAUACUCGAGCAAAUCCAUGCAAUAUCUUCAUCUUCUUUUUGCUGAUUUCAAUUGAAAUUUAAGGGAUCUGCUAGGGUUUGUCCAACUCCGAUCUACACAUCUUCCGCUACAACUGAAAGAAGAAUGGUUCCACCACCACCACCGCAUCAAUCAACUCAAUUCACACAACAAUUCCUAUCCACCGUCUUAUCCCAACGAGGUCCAUUAGCUUUACAAUACACAGAAGAUUCAAAAUGGUUAAUCCGUCAACACCUGGUAUCUUUGAUCGAAUCAUAUCCAUCUCUACAACCCAAAACAGCAGUAUUUAAUCAUACAGAUGGUAGAACAGUGAAUCUGUUGCAAGCAGAAGGUACAAUUCCAAUGAUUUAUAUGAAUGUUACUUACAACAUACCUAUUGUGAUUUGGUUAAUGGAAACUUAUCCUCGUCAUCCACCUUGUAUUUAUGUUAAUCCUACUCGUGAUAUGAUCAUUAAAAGACCUCAUGCUUAUGUUAAUCCCUCCGGUUUGGUGUCCACGCCCCUGUUACAGUCUUGGAUUUACCCUAGUUCCACUCUUUGUGAUGUCAUUAAAGAACUUAGUGGGCUUUUUGGUCUUGAUCCACCAUUGUUUACUCGCCAACAACCUGCACGUCAAAACCCUAAUACUGACAGUAUGAGGAUUCAAUCCAAUUCGGGUAGACCUGCAAUUCCACCUAGGGGGACUUAUGAUCAAUCGCCUUAUGGAGUCUCCCCUUCUCAGAAUAUGAAUCAUCGGCCUCAGCAGACUGAUGAUCCAGUUGAGAUUUAUAAGAAGAAUGCUAUUCAUAAGUUGUUGGAGAGUCUACAUGGAGAUAUAGCCAAAUUGAGGGAAAACAGAGAAGUUGAAAUGGAAGGACUGUUUAAUGCACAAGGUAUGUUGAGACAGAGAGAGGAACAAUUAUCAAAAGGGGUGAGAGAAAUGCAACAAGAGAAAGAAGGAUUAGAACAACAGUUACAAAUGGUUUUAAUGAAUACUGAUGUUUUGGAGGGUUGGGUAAAAGAGAAUGAAGUGAAAGUGAAAAAGAAUAAAGGGAAUUUGAAUGUUGAUGAAGUUUUUGAACCUGUUGAUGCUCUAUCGAAACAAAUGCUUGAUUGCACAGCAGCAGAUUUAGCUAUUGAAGAUGUGAUUUACUCAUUGGAUAAGGCUAUUCAAGAAGGGUCUAUAGCAUUUGAUCAGUAUCUGAAGAAUGUUAGAGCUUUAUCUCGUGAGCAAUUCUUUCAUCGUGCUGCAGCUUCUAAGGUUAGAGCUGCACAGAUGCAAGCUCAGGUUGCUAACAUGGCAUCUAGAGCAUCACAUUCACAAUAUGCUAUGUGAUAGCAGGUAUUUGUUGAAGAAAUGGAUUGAAGGAAGACAGAGAGUGGUUGAAUAUGAAGUUUGAAUGGUUUGUGAACCGCCAGUUACAGCAGUUGUGAGCUUUCACGAUAUCUUUGAGUUGCAGGGGAUCUACAGUUGUAUUGCUAGACAGAUAUGGCAAUUAUUACUUUUACUGUCAUGAGUUUUUGCCCCUUUAAAAAAUUAUCUCGAAGAAUCUGCAGUAUCAGGUCAGUUGUGAGACUUGUUAGUGGUUUGCUUUCUUGUACAUGAUUUUAGAACUUUUUUCUCAAUCUUCAUUGGGUGAUCAAUAUAAUGAGUCCAAUAGAUAAUAAUCUGAUAUUCUGAGCACGUGUUCUUUAUCUGUAAUUUUGUGCUAUGAAUGGCACAUAGUGAUUUUAAUGGCAUAUGAGUGAGAAUUAUUAAUU